AAUGGAUGACAAAGAAAAGCCUAAAUGUUCUCGAUGUAGAAAUCAUGGUGUUGUAUCUCUUCUUAAGAGUCAUAAGCAACAUUGCAGGUUCCGAAAUUGUACCUGUCCUAAAUGUAUGUUGAUUGUGGAGAGAAGGGGAGCUCAAGCAGCUCUAAAACAGCAAAAAGCUGUUGAAGCAAAUAGGCGCCUGCAAGUCCAACCUUACAUGCAUCCUAACGCUCAUCAUCAACAACAUCAUCAACAGCAUCAUUCGCACCAUCAUUCUCACCAUCACCAUCCACAUUCACUACAACAGGUACAACAACCCCCGCCGCACCAUUCGUCUCACCAACUGCAACAUCAAAUGCAGCCCCAUCAUCAAUCUAUGCAUCAGCAACCGCCGCCUUCCAUGCAGCCUCAAAUGUCACAUCAGCAUCACAAUCCCAUGGGCGGAGGGCAAGGAAUGAUGCUUCAACAGGCCCAUAUUUCGCAGGAAAUACCACCCUUGGAUUUGGAACCAAUCGAAAUUGAACAAGAGCCUGAUUCAAACAGAAAGAGACGUCGCCCAACUUGUCAACGUUGUAAGGUUCACGACGAAGUUGCUCCUGUAAAAUCCCAUAAAUACUAUUGCAAGUACAAGUACUGCGCGUGCGAAAAGUGCGCCCUUGUAACGAAACAAAGGAAGGUUAUGGCAAAUCAAGUAUGGCUACUACGACAACAAAAAGUCGAUCAAGUUUGUAAGAAUGGUAGUAGUAAGUCGCCCAAAGACAAAAAUUCAGACGAUAUUGCUUCGCCAAUUCACAACGCCGAGAGUCCGACGACACCAGGCGUAAAUAGUCCGUCUGUACCGUUAGAGAAGAGCCCUUCUAGCGUUAUGAUGAAAAGUCCAUCGACGGCGGGUAUAAAGAGCCCGUCAAUGCCGGGAAUUAGUAGUCCCGUUUUGACCGAGUUAACAAGCCCACAAAAUAUGGGAAUGCAUAUGAUGUCAAACCCAACGGGUUUAACGUGUAAUCAGCAUCUAUCGCAAACGAAUAAUCAUCAAUCCGUUUCUAAUUACAUGGCAACCCCUUUGCCAGAUAUGAUGUCAUUUACCAGUAAUCAUCCGAUUUCGCCAUCGGAAAGUACUUCGUCUUGCUCUUCGAAUUCUUGCUCUUCUUCGAAUCCUUCUCCUAUUGCAAACGCAAUAGUAAAUCAUUUGAACGAUAUUCCGUCAUCUUUGAGACAUCUGCCAGAGAGGGGAGCAAACUCGAAUGUUAUGGGCGAUCAGUCUCAUCUCGAAGACAAAGUUGAAGCUAUUCCACCAUCAUCGUAUAGUACCAGCUAUAAUCCUUUGGCAACUGCCCCAAUAUCCCAAGGAAAGAGACCAGCACCCAGACAAGAACAGAGUAAUCAGUAUGAAUGGCAAACAUGCGCUUGCAAGGAAUGCGGAAACUUACGUCCGGAACUGUCUUCGAAAAAGUCAAGUUCCAGCAACGACGACGAAUAA